AUCCUUUCCCUCCACCUGCAGCCUGAAAAACUAACGGUGCGACGCCCUGCAUAUCAUUAUUUCGUCUGUUCCACCAUGCUUCUACGCCUCCAGACACCGUCAGCUGUGGCUGCACGGGCAUUGGUAGCAGUUCUCGCCUUCUCGUCUUGUGCUUUUGCGUUGCCGCCGUCUCCUCCUCCUGGACCGGGAAAGGACGUUGAUAUCAAACCGCUUGUACCAAAGCUCUCGCCCAAUACACACGUCUACGUUCCUGGUAGUUCAGAGUUUGGAGCUUAUUCGAUCCGAUGGUCGUCGCUUUCACCUCCGACUCCUAGCGUUGUCAUUGUGCCUGGUACUGAGAAGGAUGUGUCUGAGAUUGUCAAAUAUGCAUCUGAGAAGAACAUUCCAAUUCUUGCGUACAAUGGCCACCACGGUACCCUGACUACUCUUGGAAAAAUGGAUCGCGGAAUUCAGAUCAAUGUCAACCAGCUCAACUCCAUCUCCAUCGCCCAAGACAGCACGACUGUAACGAUGGGAGGUGGUGUCAACUCCAAGAAGCUCAUCGACACUCUUUGGGACGCAGGAAAGCAGGCUGUUACCGGAACCUGCGAAUGCGUCAGCUACAUGGGUCCUGCCCUUGGUGGUGGACACGGAUGGCUUCAAGGUCACCACGGUCUCAUCGCUGAUCAAUGGACCUCGAUGAACGUUGUCCUUGCCAGCGGUGAGAUGAAGACGAUUGACAGCAACUCCGACCUGUGGUGGGGGAUGCAGGGCGCUGGCCACAACUUUGGAAUCGUCACGUCAGUCACGGCCAAGAUUUACCCAAUUGAGCACACCAACUGGGCCAUAGCCACGAUGAUCUUUGCUGGCGACAAAGUAGAGGCCGUCUACCAAGCAGCAAAUGAGCAUAUCCUCCAGGAUGGAAAGCAAAGCGAGGACAUUCAUAACUGGUCUUACUGGCUCAACGACGACACCCUUGAUCCCGAAAACCCUGUCAUCAUCAUGUACAUCAUUCAGGAAGGUGUUGAUGUUGUCGACUCCAAAUACACCCAACCAUUCGCGGACAUCGGUCCUCUUGUCAACAACCCCCAGUCAGGCACAUACAAAGACCUCGCUGCCUGGACCAACAUCGCCAUGGACUCUCCCCCUUGCCAGGAUCUCGGCACCAACAACCCUCGUUUCCCCAUCUACACGAAGGCCUACAACGUCUCCACCCAAAAGACCGUGUAUGACGCAUAUGCCACUGCCAUCAAGGGCAAGGACUCCCCCUUCUACAACUCCAUCUUCAUGUUCGAAGACUAUGCUAGCGCUGGUCUCCGUAAACGCGACAACGACGCCUCUGCGUUCGGUUUCCGCGACGACCACAUUCUUGCAGCGCCCCUCAUCAUCUCUACGACGGGUGAUACGGCACAAGAUGAAGCUGUCGAGAAGCUGGGUAACGAGCUUAGGGAGAUGCUCAGGGAAGGAACUAACUGCGAGGAACUUCACACGUAUGUGAACUAUGCGUAUGGAACUGAAGGGCCGGAAAGCUGGUACGGGUACGAGCCGUCUCGCCAGGAGCGCCUCAAGACCCUCAAGACCAAGUACGACCCCACUGGAAAAUUCAGCUUCUAUGCACCUGUGGCGUAG